AUGGCCUCAUCUUUAGCACCAUUUUCUCCGUUCAAUGUUGAAGACGACUCCACCGCGACCGUUCAACGCUGGACUAAAUGGAAAAAACGUUUUGAAAAUUUUCUUCUUGCCAUGGAUAUCGACGAUGAGACACGCAAACGCGCACUUCUUUCGCACUAUAUUGGCUCGUCAGCAUUUGAUAUAUUCGAAACCAUAAAGGAUACCGGUGCUGAGAAGGACUACAAGAAAGCGAUGGACCGCCUAACCAAGCAUUUUACGCCGCAACGCAACGUUGAUUACCAAAUAUACCUCUUUCGUCAAGCUCGCCAACAACAAAAAGGGAACGCUCGAUCAAUUUACCACUCGUAA